AUGAAGCCCAAGUUGCUGUUUCCCUUGUUCCUCGUAAGCUCGAGUUAUGCUCACGACGAGCGGGAAUGGUCCAAGGAGGAGCUGGCUGAGCUACAUGCUAAGUGGGGAUCCGAGUGGUCCUUCAAUGGAAUCGGCUCCUUUGCCCAUCUGAACCACGUCAAAUGCCUCACCAACCCCAGUGAAAAAUACGACAUUGCCAUUGUCGGCGUCCCCUUCGACACAGCAGUUUCGUUCAGGCCAGGGGCUCGAUUUGGACCCAGGGCUAUUAGAGCGGCAUCAGCGCGUCAAACUUCCUUCCGAGGCUUUAAUGCUCGCGCAAACAUCAAUCCCUACCAGAACUGGGCCAAGAUUAUCGAUUGCGGUGACAUGCCCCUCACACCGUUUCAUAACGACGUUGCGAGGGAGCAAAUGACACAGGCUUUCAGGGCUCUGGGCCAAGGGAAGCCCGAUAGUUUGCUGAGCAGAGGCAAACCGAAGCUGGUUGCGCUCGGCGGCGACCAUAGUUUGGCUCUACCUGCUUUGAGGUCGCUAAAGGAGAUUUACGGGGUGCCAGCUCGCGUUCUCCACUUUGAUGCUCACUUGGAUACGUGGGAGCCCGCUGCGUUCCCAUCUCACUGGGGCUCUACGCAUUUUAACCACGGAUCCAUGUUCUGGAUGGCCCACAAGGAAGGACUCCUAUCUAAUGCAUCGACUGGUAAAUCUGUUCACGCUGGACUGCGCACUCGUCUUAGCGGGGAUGACUGGACAGAUCACGCGUCUGAUACUUCACAAAACUGGGUUCGCUUUACAGCUGAUGACAUUGAUGUAAUUGGAACCAAGGGUAUCAUUGACGGAAUUAUGUUGGUUUUGGGAACCGAGGAUCCCGUAUAUUUAUCUGUUGAUAUUGAUGUUCUGGAUCCCGCCUUUGCGCCGGGCACUGGAACGCCGGAGCCGGGUGGCUGGACAAUGAGGGAGUUGAUAAGAAUCUUGAGGGGAAUCGAGGGAUUGAAUCUCGUGGGAGCUGAUGUUGUGGAGGUAAGUCCUGCGUACCAGGGACGCGGGGAGGAGACGGCCUUGGCAGCUGCGCAGAUUGUGUAUGAGAUUCUGAGCUCCAUGGUCAAGAGAGGUUUGGCGGACGCGCAAGAUGGAACUGGCCAUGAAACGAGGGACGAGUUAUGA